GCAAGUGAUAGAUGUAUUGAAAACCACAUCACAAAUGAAAGAAAGUAUGAGCAAUGACUAUAUUAUUCUUGCUGUUAUUCAAAAAUUAAUGGCUUAAUAUAGCCAAUCGUCCUAACAACAUGAACGUAGUUUUGUUACAUCUCUGUCUUGCAGCGCGUUGGAGCCCAUACGUGUGUUUAUUCCUGCUUGCCUCUAGCCGGUGCAAGGCAUGGUACGGCCGGCCAAGCACACACAAGUAUUGGUAUGAGUUUAGCCAUACAAUUGGCAGGAGGCUAACAGGGGCCUUUCUGUCAAUUAUCGCAUGCAAUCAGCUAAUAACUGUGAGGAUGUGCUGGUUUUUACCCUAUGUAUACGUUGGCCAAUAGUUCGGCUUUUCUUUUCUUAUUCGAACAUGCACAUAGCAACAAGCAUAAUAUUAUG